AUGGCCUACGAGCUAUCUACCCUUCAGCUUAGCUGCGUGGCCUUUGUGGCCUUCAUGGCCGUUCUGGUAUUCCGGACUCGUACCAGAAACCUCAAACAGAACGUCCCGCCUGGGCCAAGGCCAUUGCCAAUUAUUGGGAAUUUCUUUGAUCUCCCCCCCAAGGGGCAGCCCGAGUAUCUGCACUGGUUCAAGCACAAAGAUGCCUAUGGUCCCGUCAGUUCGAUCAAUGUCAUGGGGACAACGCUCGUCAUCUUCCAUGACAAGGACGCGGCCCACGCGGUGAUGGGAAAAAAGGCCCAAAAGACAUCCGCGAGACCCCAGCUCAACUUUGCCCAGCUAUGUGGGUUCGAGAACUUUCUCAUUACCCAUCAGUACAAUGACAAGUACCGCCUGCACCGGAAAAUGGUGCACCAGGAGAUUGGGACGAAAGGGCUCUCUGCUGGUUUCCGCCCCAUUCAGGAGCAAGAAUCCAUUCGGUUCAUCCUACAGACGUUCAACCGGCCGGACGACAUCUUGCAGCACCUGAAAACGUUGGCUGCCGCCAUCGUUUUGAAAAUUACCUAUGGAUACUCCAUUGAGCGAAAGGGCCAGGACCCGUUGGUCGAGUUGAUCGAACACGCCAUGGAAAACCUGUCCCAAGCAUUUGUGCCUCUCGCUUGGGCCGUGGACUCCGUACCUGCGAUCAAGUACCUUCCAGACUGGUUCCCCGGCAUGUCGUACCGGAAGACGGCGCGGAAAUGGAGGGCUAUCAAUGAGGCCGCUGCGGAACUCCCUUACGAUUUUGUUAAACGCCAGAUGGCGCACAAAGCCCACCAGCCGUCAUACGUGUCCAAUCUUCUCGAGAAGCACAUGAUCAAGUCGGAGGACAACAAGAUCAACGUUUCCGCGGCUGACGAAGAGGCGAUCAAGUGGACCGCCGUGAGCCUGUACGCCGCCGGCUCGGACAGUACCGUCGCCAUCAUCCACAGCGUCAUCUGUGGUCUUGUCAUGUUCCCCGAGGUUGUGACAAGGGCGCAGGAAGAAAUCGACCGAGUUGUCGGCUCCGAUCGGCUCCCCAACUUUGACGAUCGAACCAACCUGCCUUAUGUCGACGGCAUUAUCAAGGAAGCCUGGCGAUGGAAUCCCGUGGGACCCAUGGGAUUGACGCACAAGUCCGAGGAAGAUUUAGUGUGCGGAGAAUAUCUCAUCCCCAAGGGUUCCUAUCUCCUGCCUUCUCUAUGGUGGUUCCUGAACGACCCCAAAGAGUACCCAGAGCCGCGAGUGUUCAAGCCGGAGCGCUACAUGGAGCCUUUCAACCACCCUGAUCCGAGCGAAAUUGCUUUUGGUUACGGCCGCCGAUCUUGUGCGGGUCGGUACUUUGCGGACGCCAGUGUCUACAUCACCGUGGUCCAGCUGCUGGCUGUUUUCAACGUCCGCAAGGCUCGAGAUGACCAAGGCAACGAGAUCCCCGUCACUCUCCAGGCGAUCCCGGGCAUGGUCAAUCGCCCUGCUCCCUUCCAGUUCAAGGUCGAGCCUCGCAGUCAGCACCACAUCGAUCUUCUGCGCCGCAUCGAGUCGGAGCAGAUACCCGAGGUCAGCCAUGCAAGCCUUCUCAAACCGAGUACAGUCUAG